AUGAACACUUACGCCUCUCUGAUAACGGGACUGAAACACGUCUCGCCUGCGAAAGACCUCAAUCCCGGCUGCCUUUUCAUUGUCCGGUACAAGAACAGAGCCCGCAAUUACAACACAGACCUCUGGAUUGCGGUGCUGCUUCCGGAUGACUUCCAGGCUGCGUUUGGCCUCCAAAGGCCGCCCAAAGGGGCGAAGCCAGCAUCGGGCGAGUGGACUACAGAUCCUGACAAGCGCGUAUACCCGGCCUAUCUUCCUGGAGUAAAUCUAUAUCGCUGGGUCCACGUUACUGACUUGUUUGUACUCACAAACAAGCCUCCUCACAUUUUCGUCCAAACCCCCAGUCGUUAUCACAAAAAGGAGCUCAAGGUCUACCGUGACCUACUCGCGAUAAUCGACAAGGAACCCGGUAUAGAAUUCUGGAAAAGCAUGGCCAAAAAAGAGUCAUUGGCGAAGGGCAAGCGCGGCAAAAAUGUUGAACUUGUACUCCCUGAUGGCUUCGAGGACAUACUUGAAGGGAUUCCCACCCUUGGCGAUGACGAUUCGGAUAACGAUGCCAGCGAUGCCAGCGAUGCCAGCGAUACCAGCGACGCGGAAAAUCAACCAGACGUAGCGGAGCUUGAAGGAGAGCCGCCGCGCAAGGUGCUAGCAGUGACUGGCUCAUUCUCUUCAUCAAAGGGUCUGGCUGGCCCCUCUCGUCAACGUGAGAAGAGUCCGAAAUCUCUCACUUUCCCAGGAGAGAAAACCCCAUUCCCCAGCUUCCACGUUGGAACGUCUGAAUUAGCUGGAGGCUCCCAGUUUGCGCAAACUACCUCAAUGUCAACCAAAGCAAGAACCCAGGUCUCAGGGAAGGGUGCGCUGCUUAAGGUGGAGGAAAAGCCCGUCGAGGGUGUCAACAAUGCCUUACUCGAGCAGCAAAGCUCGGUCUUCGAACAGACUUGGACUCUAGCGGCCAUGAUUGAGCAUAUUCUCCUAGGAAAAGAGAACUCACAGGGACUCCUUGCCGUAUUCCGUGACAUUUCCACUGUUCAAGAGCCCGAGUCUGGCAAGCUGAUAUCAUUCCUCAAGACUCAAGAAUUCACUCCUCAUCUACUGAGGACGUCUCUCGCCCGACAAGGAAACUCUGGAGAAGGCGAAGAGUUUGAAAUCGGCGACUGCCUCGGGAUCCACCGCCAAUUCCAGCUUCACGGAGUUACAAACUCUACGGAUCUUCACGAGCAGAUCGCUCAGCUGGGAAGACUCUAUUCCUAUGCCCGUCGCCUGAACAUGGUUGACCUUGUGGAAAAGAUCACGUUCAAAUUACAAGCUGCCUGGAAUUCUUACCCGGGCCUGUCACAGCUAGAAUCUUUGCUGGACGUGACUGCAAUGGCAUUUAAGGAUUCCACCUGCACUGAUCACUUCCAGGAUUGGCUGGUGAAGUUCAUUGCCGAUACCCUGGACUUGAUCUUCUACCAGUGCCCCCAUCGUUACUGGGCGCUUAUGAGGGGCCAACCUGAUCUCUACAACUCUGUCACCCGAAUGCGCUCGGAGCUGAACCGCAAAAUCCCAGAGAGACAUGCUAAUCCCCGAGAUCAGAUCCGCCAACGCGGCAUCGAUGAUUUCUGA